AUGACCGAUUCUCCAUCUUCUGUCCAAGUACUAAACCCUAUUUCAGACGCACUAUUUUCUGACACCUCGGAUUCAGAAAUAGAGUUUAUCAAUCAUAAUUCGGUCCAGAGACAAGGAGAUGAAACUGAACCUGAAGACAAAGCAAAAAAUUUAGAAGCACGAGAAACAUUACAACAUGAGAAAUUAAUAAAAGCGGGUUAUCUUGCUAAAAAACGAGGGAAAAGAAAAGUCCAGGGAAAAUAUGAACUUUUGAGAAGUUUAGAUAUGCAUGACGUUCAUGCUGUGACAGAAGUAAAUUUAAAAAAUAAACAAAAUGUAUUUGGAAUUGUCACUCCUAAACGUACAUAUUAUGUUCAAGCAGAAAGUAAAAAAAUGCUUGAUGAAUGGGUUGAAGCAAUAAAUAAAGUUAAAAAAGAAGUACAAGAUGAAGAAUUAUUAGAUGAAGGAAGUCAAGCAGAUAAAGGACCACAUUCCUAUGUUUCUGCUUCAUCCUAUACUUCGGGAGGUUCUGUUCCAAAUGCAUCAUCAUCACCAUCAAGUCCAUUUGCAACGAAUUCUCCUCCUAAAAGACAAAAUAGUAGUGAUAGAACAGCUUCUUCUGAGGAAGAAAAUGAUGUCAUGGAUGUAACUAAUGAUGAAAAUGAUGAAAAUAAUGAAGGAGAUGAGAAGUCCCGAAUAAUUCAUCAAGGGUAUCUUUAUAAAUUGGAUAGAUACAAGGUAUUUAAAAUUUCCAUGCAUGAUCUCAAACCUCAUUUGAGUAUAAAUCUGAUUGACGUCCUUGAUGCAAUUGAAAUAGAACCAAUUUCUAAAUCAAAAUUAUAUUGUUUCAAAGUUAUUACACCUAGAAGAACUUAUGUAUGUUGUGCACCAAAUGAUGAAACACAAGUUGCAUGGUUAGCGGCUAUACAAUCAUUUUAUGUGUAG